AUGGAUGGCAGCCAGCCAAACGUUGAGACUUCUCGGCGUCGCUCCGCACCCGCAGCUCUGGAAGCAGCCGGAGCUGCGCUGGCAGUUGUCCGAGAGGUCCAUGCGAGGGGUGAGGCAGGGACUCGGAGUCGAAGUCAUUCCACUCCUUCGCUACGCUCUGGGAGCGUGGCUGGAAGCUCGCAGCGAGGCUCUCCGAGCAAGCGCGGUGGCUCCAAGCGCAGCCCCAGCAAGAGUUGCGGUAUGGGUGAUGUCUUCUCCCGACAAGCGGCGAGCCAGGAAGUGGUGCUCCGAGCUUUGGUGCGGAGUUUCACCGUAGAGCAGUCCGUCCACGAUGUCGCCGUCAACCUGCUUGGUCAAAUCCAUUCGAAGGAAGGGGCGAUCGCGUUUACGAGAGAGAGCAUCUCUCAGGCGGUAACGGCUUCAGAGGCCUCAAUGUCCAUGCUGCCGAUUGCCCAUGGCCUCCUUGACGAAGGCCACGUCGUAAGCUUUCUGGCCCACGACGAGACGGUGAGAAAGAUAGAGAAACUGGUUCCAAAGGCGAAAAUGGUGGACGUCGGCCCAUCUUCGAUGGACCGUGAGAAGGGCGCCGCGGCGCUGGACUUUCUUCAGAGCACGUCCUACAGAACUGCACAAUUUCUCACUUCCGUGACGAUGCCGCUGCUGAACGUCCUCAUGGGAGGCCCAAUGCUGCUGAAGUUGAAGCCACCGUUGCAGGAGAUGAAGCCCGACGUGCUCUGUGUGCCCUACAUUUAUCCUGCUUUCUAUGCCUUGGGAGAGGCAUUGGAGAUACCUGUUGUGGGCAUCGGCUGGGGUACCCCAAGUUGGCUAACCGUGCAGAUUGACCUUCCCUGGGCUACAGAACCAAACGUGGGAUCCAUCCAUUCACGCCAGGAACUUUACGACAGCCCGCUGCUUUUGCUGGAGAACACCGCAGUGCGCAUCCACGGUUUCUUCAUCGAGCGCAUCGCCAGCAUGAUCAACAUGUACUUCCGCUACCAACUGGGGCAUCCGAGGCCCUUGGAGGUGUGGCAGUUUGAUGCUGUUUCACAGCACCCAGCUGUCAUCACUACCCUUCCAGAGCUCACUGCUGGCAGGCCAACGGCUUGGAGCCCUUUCACGUUUCCCGUUGGCAUCCUGGACCAUCCUGGCCUGGAGGGGAGUGGCAUGAUGAAGAGCGACGACAAGGAGAAGGUCAUGGCAUGGCUCGACGAACAGCAGCUGGCAUCAAGACAGGUCCUGUACGUGGCCUUUGGUUCUGAGGUCCGCUUGUCCAGAGAGCAUGCUACGCUCUUGGUGGAGACGUUUAAGCAAGGCGGCUUCACUGUUCUAUGGGCUUCCAAAGUAAAGCCCGAUGUCCCCAUCCCAGAGAAUGUGCUGGUAACGAAAUUUGCACCGCAGCGCGCGGUCCUUUCUCAUCCUGCAGUCUUCGGUUUCCUGUCACAUGGUGGCAUGAACAGUGUGAACGAAGCUCUUGCCUCUGGAAAGCCCUUGGCAAUCAUGCCUUUCUUCGCAGAUCAGAUGACCGUGGCUGUGGUGCACAGAGACCUCGGCGUUGCUGUCAUCUUGGACAAGCAUGCAGCCACUCCACAAACUUCUGUAGCAGCGAUCCGCAAGAUUGCGACAGAGCCGUUCCGCCGUCGAUCCAUGGAGAUCAAAGAGCUGAAUGAGCAGCGUCGAGACAUGUCGAGGGCGGUCCAAGUCAUCGUGAAUCAGGCGACAGGCAAGUUCUACAUGCACAUCCCGCCAUGCCCCAGCCUUUGGAUCCGAGCGAUUCCGCUUUUCGUCACACUUCUCUUCCUUACGUUUUGCUGCAACUUCUGCUGCUGCAUCAGCGUGCACGUGCACGAGCCGUGCUGGUGUUGCUGCCGGGGGAGGUCUGUCCGACCCAAUGCGGCCAGUGGUAAAGAAAAACGCCAAUAG